AUGAGCAAGCCCGCCGGAUCAACAAGCCGCAUUUUAGAUAUCCCUUGCAAAGUGUGUGGUGACCGCAGCUCCGGGAAGCACUACGGGGUCUAUGCAUGCGACGGCUGCUCUGGAUUCUUUAAGAGGAGCAUCCGAAGGAACAGGACCUACAUCUGCAAAUCAGGAAACCAGGGAGGAUGCCCCGUAGACAAGACACACAGAAACCAAUGCAGGGCGUGUCGACUGAAGAAGUGUUUGGAAGUCAACAUGAACAAAGAUGCUGUGCAGCACGAGCGGGGGCCUCGGACGUCCACCAUCCGCAAACAGGUGGCCCUCUACUUCCGUGGCCACAAGGAAGACAAUGGGGCCGCUGCACACUUCCCCUCCGCGGCCCUGCCGGCCCCCGCCUUCUUCACUGCCGUCACGCAGCUGGAGCCUCACGGUCUUGAGUUGGCCGCUGUGUCUGCCACUCCUGAACGGCAGACUCUCGUGAGCCUGGCUCAGCCCACGCCCAAGUAUCCCCAUGAAGUGAACGGGACCCCAAUGUAUCUCUACGAAGUAGCCACCGAGUCGGUGUGUGAGUCCGCUGCUAGGCUUCUUUUCAUGAGCAUCAAGUGGGCAAAGAGUGUGCCAGCCUUUUCCACUUUGUCUUUGCAAGAUCAGCUGAUACUUUUGGAAGACGCGUGGAGAGAACUGUUUGUUCUAGGAAUAGCACAAUGGUCCAUCCCAGUCGAUGCUAACACUCUGCUGGCUGUAUCUGGCAUGAACAGUGACAACACAGACUCCCAGAAGCUGAACAAGAUCAUAUCUGAAAUACAGGCUCUGCAGGAGGUGGUGACUCGCUUCAGACAGCUCCGAUUAGACGCCACCGAAUUCGCCUGUCUGAAAUGUAUUGUCACUUUCAAAGCUGUUCCUACACACAGUGGUUCUGAACUGAGAAGUUUCCGGAAUGGCGCCAUUGCAGCUCUCCAAGACGAGGCUCAGCUCACUCUCAACAGUUACAUUCAUACCAGAUACCCCACCCAACCCUGCCGAUUCGGGAAACUCCUGUUGCUUUUACCAGCUUUACGGUCAAUUAGCCCAUCCACCAUAGAAGAAGUGUUUUUCAAAAAAACCAUCGGCAACGUGCCGAUUACGAGACUACUUUCAGAUAUGUACAAAUCCAGUGACAUCUAA